AUGGGCCAGGAAAAAAAAAAGGUCACCAAAGGCCCGGAGGACUCCCGACAAGUCACCAAGGGCCCAGAGAACUACCCAAACACCUCCCAGACUGUGGAAUCUGUCAUCAGCCACCUGUCUCCUUCUACUAAGGAGAUUAUCACAGUCACACUCCAUGGAGCCACCAACCUCCCUGCCUGCAAAGAUGGCUCUGUGCCGUGGCCAUACGUAGUAGUGAAAACCACGUCUGAGGAAGCAAAGAACCAAAACUCCAAAGCAGUCACAUCUGUGACCUCAGUGCCUACCAAAGCCCCCAUCUGGGGUGACACAGUCACAGUGGAGAUCCAAGCUGAGGAUGUGGGACAAGAAGAUGUGGUCCUUAAAGUGGUGGACAACAACAAAAAAGAGGAGCUGCUGUCCUAUCAAAUCCCCAUCAAGUACUUGCGUGUCUUCCACCCCUACCACUUUGACCUGGUGAAGCCCACAGAGAUUGGGAAAGCCACUGCCAAGACCCAACUGUACGCAACUGUUGUCCGGAAGGGCAGCUUCAUCCCCCGCCAAGCUGACUGUGACCACAGAGCUCUGGAGGUCUUUCUUCGGGGAAUAAAUGAACCCCUAGUCAACAACCCCAGUCCCAUGGUGGUCAUUGCCCGGGUGGUUCCCAACUACAUGGAGUUUAAGGUCAGUCAGAUAAACCAGGAUCCAGCCUCCCUGGGGUUGCCCUUCACCCCACUCUCCUUCCCCAUUCCAUCUGUGAUGAACUUCGAUGUUCCUCAAGUCAGCCAGAACGGGUGCCCUCAGCUGUCCAAGCCCGGGGGACCCCCGGAGCUGCCCCAGUGGAAUCAGUCCUUCCUCUUCCAAGGCCGAGACGGAGCCACCAGCUUCUCAGAAGACACCGCCUUGGUGCUGGAGUACUACACCUCGACUUCAAUGAAGGGCGGUGAGUCAUGGAACUUCGGAAAGCCCUUGGGAGUCUCUGUGUUGCCAUUGAAGAGCCAUUUGUAUUCCAAGAUGCUGAGAGGAAAAGGCCUGAAUGGGUUUCGAAUAGAGAGACUCCCCAUCACCGACACCAAGCUGAAAACCCUGAAUGGCGAGGCCCCCACGGUAGAUCUCUCCUUUCAGCUGCUUUCCUCUGAGAGGCCAGAAAACUUCUUAACACCAAACAACUGCAAGGUUCUGCCCACGCUGGACCCUCAAAUCUUAGAUGAGAAGCUGGGUUCCACCUACGAGUCCCAGUCCAAGGCCACAGUGAGCUCCACAAUAAAUUCCAGCACAUCCACCUACCAGCAAGCAGAGGAAAAGCCUCAGAUGCCCCAAAUGUCCCAUGAAAUGGAGAUAAACAGCUCCCGACAGGCCAUACAGAUGAUGGCUGAGGACAUCCUGUCGCUGCGGAAACAGGCCAGGGUCCUGGAGGCAGAAAACCGCAUGCUGAGGAGUCGCCUGACCCUGGAGGAAAUGGAGGAGGAGCAGGACAAUGAUGACAAGAUCCAGAAGCUGACACCAGGGUCCAUGAAGCAGAAACUGCUGCUGAGUGAGCUGUACAUAAAGAAACUGAGGGACAAGGUGCAGCAUCUGCAGAAUGAGCUGAUUCGAAAGAAUGAUCGAGAGAAAGAGCUGCUUCUGUACCAGAUUCAGCAGCCACAGGCUGCUCUGCUAAAGCAGCAACAGGACAAGCUGCAGAAGAUGAAGGCGCUGGAGGAAAGCGUGCAACACCAGGAAAAGGUGAUUGAGAAGAUGGAGGAGGUGCUGAAGAAGAAACUUCAAGAGAGGAGCAAGCCUCUGCCCAACAAGCUGCAGGGAGAGCCCAACAGGGCCUCAGGACUUCCCCAGGAUCCUACAGGAGAGAAACUGCCUAUUGACCUUUACUCAGUGCUGCUGGCAGAAAACUCGAGGCUGCGGGCAGAGCUGGAUAAGAGCCGCCACCAGUCGGCCCCCAUCAUUCUGCAGCAGCAGGCCCUGCCGGAUCUUCUUAGCAACACUUCAGACAAGAUUAACCUCCUGGCCAAACUGGAACAAGUUUAUAACCGGAUCCUAUCCCUGGAAAACCAGUUAGAGGACUCAGCUCGAUGCUGGGGACGAGAGAAGCAGGUCUUGGCCACACAGCUGCAGGCACAAGAGAACGGCUUGGGUCACCCUUCAAACUCCAUCUUCGCAGACCUGCCUAAUUCCUCAACCCAAGCCAAGGACUAUAAGCAACCCUCAAAAGGGGGCCCCUUGCUGCCCAGCUCAGAGACGAAGUUCAUCAAGCCCUCAAACUCCUAGCAGACCUGAGAACUGGAGCAGCUCCCUCAUUAUGUGCUGGGGUUUUUUACCACAACCUCAAAAUGACUUCAUUAAAUCUGUAAGUCAGUGAGCAUUUGCCUCUUUCCUGGGUCAGGGCAGGCUGGAGGUACCCAGAUUCUUCUCCCAGA